UAUAAAAUGAAUAACUACUCCCAAGUGAAAAAAGUGGAAAGUUGAGAAGAACCAAAACAACUUUUCCAGCAAAGAAAAAGUUAGCCCAGAAAACCUAAAAAAGAAAAAAAGAGGCAAAACAGAGAGUUUUAGGAAUUUUUCUUUGACAAGGGUGGUUGCCCCUCUCUUGUUUAGCCAAUGAUUUUUAUUUUUAUUUUUCAGAAGCAACAACCCUUGGAUUCAUGUUAAUUUCUUGGAAAUGACUGGAUCAUUGAAAUGGCAAUUAUACAUAUAUUCCACAACUUUUUGGCAAUAAUCUGGUUUUUUUUUGUGUGUGUGUCUCUGUUACUCUCUCUACGGUAUGUAUGUGUGUUGUAUUAGAGGCAAUGAUGAUGACGAUGAUGAUUUUUUCGAAUUCUGGGCUAACUGGAUUGGGGAUGGAGACUAUGCGAUCCGUAUCUUGCUUGGCAAAUCAUCUUGAUUUUGCAGCCAUGGCGUGGUUGCCUCUCUUUCGUCCUCAUCUCUUUGCAGAUCUGAGCCUCUAAAUUGUUAUCAACAACAUUUGAAUCUCUUGAAAUAAUAAUUCAAAAAUUGUUUUUCAUUUUUUUGAAAAAAUAAUAUAUUAUGCUCUUUUAUUAUCUAUCUUUUAUUUAUUUAUUACCUUAAAAUCAUGAUGAACUUGAUGUAGAAAUUUCUCUAUUUUAGGUUUGUGAUUUUUCGAUGAAAUUUACAAGUUGUUUUUUUUAAGCUUUCCUGGUAAUGUCAUUUGAUAGUCUUAUUAUUUCAAAUUGCUAAUUAAAAAGAAAAAAAAAAUUGUGUUGUACAAGUUUGACAGAUACAUAUACAAAGAUAAGAUUUAUGUGGUUGAUUUCAGUUUCAAAAAAAAAAAAGAUUUAUGUGGUUCAUUCUUCCAUACUUGUUGACAAACUCAACAACUAUUAAGUAUUGUGUAGUAUUACAUAACUUGAUAAAAAUAUUGAAAUUUGAUGAGACAAAAAAUAUAAGUAGCUAAGAGUUGUAAGAAAUGAGUGAUGAAGCAACUUCAUCUCUGAUGGAUCUUCCAUCUCCAAUCUUGUUACGAAUUCUCUCUACAUUACCUCCUACCACACUAUUAUACGUCAAAACCCUCUCCAAAACUCUUCUAAACCUAACCUUAGAUUCUGAAUUUUUAAAGUUGUCACGUUCAGCAUCUCCAGCCAUCAUCAUCAUCCACCAAUUCAACUCUAAUAGGACCAACACCUUAAAGUUUUUGAAAUUCGUAGUCGAUUAUAACUUUGAUCAUGAUCCAAUUGGUGAUGUUGAUCUACAGUUUCACUUUCCUGUUGUUCAGUUUUUCCUUGUUGGAUCAGUUCAUGGUUUUGUUUGUUUUAAUUACUUUUUCGAUACUGUUGACAGUAUUUACAUCCUCAAUCCAACAACAAGAGAAUAUAUCAUCCUUCCUGAGCCACAACGGGUAAGAAAGUGGCCUAAUACAGUAAGGUAUGGCUUCGGUUUUGAUCCUGUUAAGUUAGAGUACAAAGUGGUUAGAAUCUAUCAAGAGGAAAUUCGCGAUGAUGAUACUAAUGGUUCUCGUUAUUACAAGUCUGAAGCUCAAGUUUACACAAUUGGGAAAGGGUAUUGGAGAAGUUGUGCAGGGCAUGUUAUGUUCUGGUUUGGAUGUUGGGUAGAGGGGGUGAAUUUAUAUGGAAAGAUUCAUUGGUUGGUUUCUGAUGCUAAUCGAAAUGAGUUAAUAUGUUCGUUUAAUUUGGAGAAUGAGUUGUUUGAAUCAUUCCCAACUGCUCCAGGGUACAAUAAGGAAAAUUGUCCAAAUCUACGAAGUUUGGGGGGUUUUGGUCGUUGUCUAUGUGUUUGUGAUAAUAAUGCAGAUACUCAUUUUGAGGUAUGGGUGAUGAACGAAUACGGAGUUACUGAUCCAUGGGUUAAACAGAUUGUCAUAAACAUAACUCCUGAAUGCAACAAUUAUUGGUUGUGCUAUGAAAUGAUUAAUCUGGUGAAAGUUUUGGAUGACGGAGAAGUGUUGUUCUUGUGGCGCGAUGAUUUCUUGUUCGUGCACCAUCCUGUGAAGAACACAUUGAAAAGGGUUGAUGUCUGUGAUGGCAACUUUGUGGCAUCUGUGUAUGUAUCAAACUCUUUAUCUCUCAAGAAUUUUGAAACAGAGGUUGUAAAUGUCUUUUAGAUAUCUUGUACUACUAGAGCAUUGUAUAUUUUUAGCUUUGUGUUUUAUAUCCUUGGCUAACAAUAACAUACCAUCAUGUUAUUUGAGGGGAAAGUUGUUUGUACAAAUCUGCAAGUAAUAUAUGAUAUUUAAUCUAAUCAAA